AUGAAAUCGAUCCUCAGCCUCGCUACACUCCUCACCCUCGUCGCAGCACUGGCAAGCCUGCUCGUAGUCACCAUGCCUUCGUUUGCCAACGCUUCCGCCGACCCGCAGCCGCACGUCACGCACAAGGUCUACUUUGACAUCAGCCACGACAACAAGGAUGUCGGUCGCAUUGUUCUGGGUCUGUACGGAGAUGACGUGCCCCGCACCGCCGAGAACUUCCGCGCGCUCGCUACGGGCGAGAAGGGCUUCGGGUACAAGGGCAGCAAGUUCCACCGUGUCAUCAGCAACUUUAUGAUCCAAGGUGGCGACUUUGAGCGCGGUGACGGCCGCGGAGGGUACAGUAUCUAUCCCGGAAAGAAGUUUGACGAUGAAAACUUCAAGCUCAAGCAUACCGGCCCUGGUGUGCUGUCGAUGGCCAAUGCCGGUCCUAACACGAACGGCGCCCAGUUCUUCAUUUGCACCGUCAAGACGAGCUGGUUGGACGGCAAGCACGUUGUGUUUGGCCGCAUUUUGGAAGGAAUGGAGACGGUCAAGUACAUCGAGAACGUGCCCAAGGGCUAUGGCGACAAGCCGGUUCACGAUGUCAUCGUCAAGGACUCCGGAGAGCUACCUGUAGACUCAGACGUAGACUCGGACGAAAAGCCUACAAAGCAGCAAGAUCUCGCAGUGUCACCUGCUGUCGCCACCCCCAACCCCAAACCCGUCGCCGUCAUCGAAUCCUCGACCUCUUCCUCGUCUGGCAGCAACAAGUCGACCACGUCGGCGGAAAACAAUGGGGGGUCGUUUUUCCUGCUGCUGCUCAUCGUGGUGGCGGUGCUGGCGGCGGGGGGUGUGUGGAAGUUGGGCGGCGUCCAGAAGACAAAGCUGCAUCUGAGCGGGGUAUGGGAGCGUGCCAGGAGGGGUGGGGCGGGAUAUGAUCCGCUCAGUGGAGGGCCCGAUGGUCUGCCGCGCUGA